AUGUUCUCCGUCCGCCGAACCACCCAGAACCUCGCUCAGAAGCGUGCCUUCUCUGCUUCCGCUUCUCAGUACUACAAAGUUGCCGUCCUCGGAGCCGCCGGCGGUAUCGGACAGCCAUUGUCGCUUUUGUUGAAGCUUUCUCCAAAGGUUACCGAGUUGGCGUUGUAUGAUGUUCGUGGAGCGCCUGGUGUCGCCGCCGAUAUUUCCCAUGUCAAUACCAACAGCGUCGUCAAGGGAUAUGCCCCCGGCGAGGAGAGCCUCGCUGAGGCUCUUAAGGGUGCUGAGGUCGUUUUGAUCCCAGCUGGUGUUCCACGAAAGCCUGGCAUGUCGCGUGAUGAUCUCUUCAACACCAAUGCCUCCAUCGUCCGUGAUCUCGCAGACGCAACCGCAAAGGCCAACCCCACCGCAAAACUCUGCAUCAUCGCUAACCCCGUCAACUCCACCGUCCCCAUCUGCGCCGAAGUCUACAAACGCCACAACGUCUACAACCCCAAGACCCUCUUCGGUGUCACCACCCUCGACGUCGUCCGCGCCUCCCGUUUCAUCUCCGAACUAAAAUCCACCAACCCAUCCGACGAAAGAGUCACAGUCGUCGGCGGUCACUCCGGCGUUACCAUCGUCCCACUACUCUCCCAAUCCAACCAUCCCGAGAUCUCAGGAGAAGUCCGUGAUGCCCUCGUAAACCGUAUCCAAUUCGGAGGUGACGAAGUCGUCAAGGCCAAGGACGGAGCUGGCUCUGCUACAUUAUCCAUGGCACUCGCUGGAUUCCGAAUGGCGGAAUCUUUACUCCGUGCUAAGGAUGGUGAGACGGGCGUUGUCGAACCUACUUUCGUUGAGAGCCCGCUGUUCAAGGAUCAGGGAGUUGAUUUCUUUGCUUCGAAUGUGGAGUUGGGACCUGAUGGUGUGAAGGAGAUCAGAGGGGUUGGAGAUAUUAAUGCUUAUGAGAAGGAUUUGAUCGAUGCUUGUCUUAAGGAUUUGAAGAAGAAUAUCGAGAAGGGUGUGGAGUUCGUUAAGGCUAAUCCUCCAAAAUAG